AUGGACAUCGACACCCCAGCGUCUCCUACACACCCAGCCAACGUUGAAGAAGAAGCAUAUGAAAUCGCCCCCCGCGCCCCAGCCCCGGGCCAACCAUACCGUACUCAAGACCUGCAUCCUAAAUUCGUGUAUGCGGAAGAACUCUGGGAACCAACCGAGUCUCGUGAACGCCGGCAUGCCGCGCUGGGUGUCCUAGAUGAUCUGGAAAUGCUCAUGUUCCACGCCGUUUCUAACAAUGAGUCUAUUCCCCAGACGAGGCAGCGCUUCAUACAUUCGCUCGCCCGUCGACCGGCGGAUAAGCCGCCGACACGCAAGUAUAUCGUGCAUGAUAUCGAGGCCGGAAGGCUGCUGCAGGCUCAUAGGUCUGAUGCCAUGGGUAUGGGUGGGAUGGCGGGAGCGAAGUUGCCUAUGUCUGUGCCUGGGCGGCGAUGGAUGGAUGACGGUCGGAGUCUGGCGGGUACGUUUGAGGUGAGGGCGGAUAUGCCUAUUGUUGAUAUCGUGGAGGUUAACGGCGGGUGGAGGAAUGAGUAUCUCUCUACUGAUGUUGCGGGCCAGGUUGCGGGUGGUAAUGCCGGUGUAAGGAGGGAUGGCUCGGGUAUGUCGUCGUCGUCGUCUCCGUCGACGGCCAGGAAGGGAAAAGGCAGGGCGUGA